GCCAUCACCAAAUCCACUCCCCAUGGCUGACUUCGCCAGUUGCUCGGCGGAAGAGCUGCAGCAACUGGCGGCCACGUUGAGCGACGCAGAGCGGCAGACCUUGCGCGAAGCACUGCGGCUGCUGGAGGCCGAAGAGAAGGAACAAGUGACCCUGGCAGAGACUGUAGCACUGUGUUUGAAAGAGGAAUUCAUCGUGGAGUCGGAGGUGCGACAGGUGUUCCUCAACGGUGAUCGGCUGUUCAAUGCCCAGGCUGGACAGGAGGAGGUGAGAGAACAGCUGGGAGCUUUGGAAUAUUUGGAGUUGGCUGAAGCGAAAGUUGGAGCUCAUGGACUGGCAACCCUGGCCCAGUUUGCCAAAUGGACGGAUCAAAAUUUCCCGGGCUUUGUGAAGAUGUGGGGUUGUGUGGUGGAGAAUCGUGACGUGCCAGUGAAAGAAAGCAAGGUCAUCGGAGUGAUGUAUACAAAAACGGGUGACACUUUAGAAUCCCAUCUUCUGAAACAGGAGGUUCGCAAUGAUCACAGGAUGUAUUUGGCCAUGACGGCGUUUCAAGCAUGGAAGCACUCUCUCUACACGACCCCAUGUCUCUCGGUGUUUACCAUGGAAAAUCUGGUGGUCAUCGCAGAUGCGGAAGCCCCUGGGGGCUACCGAACUCAGAUCCGGAUCCAGUUCCCCAGUGUGAAGUACCAAGAAACCAUGUGUACUGAGACAUUGGACACCAAUGUUUUGCAGCUGGCAGAUGUGCUCUGGUUUGCAUGUCACUGCGACAGCAGCAAACUUACCGAGAUGCCUCGGGUGGAGAAACCUAUUGAUGGGGAGAAGGUUUUGAAAUUUUCCUGCAGAGAUUUUUUGAAGGCGCUCUAUGAACUGAAAAGCAAGUGUCAGACCUCAGCCGAAAAGAUCGUGGUGAAGAUGAUGCGUGAAUAUGGUACUGUGAAAGAAGCCCUUGAUUUUGACUGAUGUUGGAAUGUUUCACCCCAGGUUUCACAGAUUCAGGUUUCACGAUGUUUCACGAUGUUUCACGGAUUUCGGUCCAAAAAGCAUGUUCAGCUGGGAUCACAGUAUGUUUGAGUAGUUUGAGGGGCAAAGUGGAGGUAUUCUCCAGAUGACAUUGUUGGACUGUCAAGUGGCAUGGUCAAUUCUGACUUUGACUGGUCUCAUGAGAACGAGUCUCCAGCAGCCACAUAUCACGACAAAACUUCAUGGUCG